UAUGACUUCUUGGCUACAUGCCUCAAAUAACCUCUUGCAUAUUUAUAAUGGGAUUGUUUUAGCCAAUCAUAAAACCACAGAGCAGAUAAUAUCUAUAGAUAUCCGUUCAAAUUUGAUGUCGAUUUUGUUCUAAGUAUGUCACCAUUGUUGCGCCGCAUUUGACUUUCUAUUAUCAAAAUCAACAGAUGAAUAGAAUGAAGAUAUGUAAAGGAGGCUAAGAAGAAACCGUAGUCAUAUGAAUAGAAUGAAAAUAUGUAAAGGUGGCUAAGAAGAAACCGUGGUCAUAUGUGACACAGAUGAACUACGGAGGGUUUGGUUACGUAGCGGACUCAUGUCCCAGGAAUAGGACAGAAUUCACAGAUUCAGCAACUAGACUGAACUGUUCAGUGUAUGAGAAUGGACGCAGUCGAUAUGUAUGUGUCCCUAAUAUACAGAAAUCGGCCAUUGUUGAGUUCUGUAACAAAAACGCAGCUAGAGUUUUUAAACAAGGGAAUUGUUUGGAAGUUUCGGAUUAUGGAUUUCUACACCCUUCCAGCUGUCAGUCAUUCACAGAAGGAUGCCCCUCAGAAAAUUACACCACUACUGAACUGUUUAAGUAUCCCGCCUGUCAUCAGAUCGACUCAGAGAAUGGAUGUUAUUUGGCAGACCCAUCCUGUGAGAAUGAGUUAAUGAUAAUGAAAACGUUUAUGCUUGGAAGUUUGCUGAUUCUACUGGCCGUGUCAGGAGUGUUCAUUUGUUUGGCGGUUGUAGUGUGUCUUUUGUGGAGGUCAGCACGAAAUGAACAAGAACGUUUACGCUUGGAAGAUUUUCGUUUAUACUGGGAAGAACAAGAACGUUUACGCUUGGAAGCUGAAAUAAAGGAAAUACUGGGAGAAUAUGAUGUAUGGAAAACAUCGAUAUCAGACCAGUUCUCCUCCCUGUCUGAUGACGAGGUGUGCGUGUUAUUCUGUUUUCUGUGUUCUUACUCCGGUACCCCCAACUUUACUGAUACAGACUGGCUGAACAUUCUUAAUGAGAUACGAGAUAUGUACAUGUAUGAUGAGAACAGUGUAACAAGUGAGGAGGCACAGCGGACUCUGGACGGACUGAAGUCAUGUGGAUUUCUUUGGGAUCAGGACGGAGUAGACAUCACUGAGGACGUCAAGGACGAGACCAUGUACCGUGUUACAGAACGUGAUAUAGAACGUGAUAUAGAACGUAUAGAACGUCGUGUUUCACUACUCUACAUGUAUCAGUUAUACAGUUAUACUACAGCAGUGAGGUAUCUGAGAUCACACAGAUACACCAGGAAGUCUGGAGAGAAAUGUGUCAUUACUGACGGCCCGUACUUUGAUUCCUUACUCAUACGCCGUCUACAGAUGAACACACUGACCCACGUCACCAUGGAGGACACGAGUAUCUGUGAUGAAGUGUCACAGACAUUAUUUACUCCUCAAGGCAUUUUUAAACAAUCUAUUGACGACCGAGAGGAGCUUCUAAAUAAAUUGACACAGAGUGGGGAGUGUGUACAAUACAGAGCCGGAUCACAGGGCAGUGUACAACACGUCAAAUGGCUCUGGAGACUAGACCAUAAAGCGAGACCUGACAUCGUGAGAUCCUGUAUAGGUCUCCACCCACACUGUGAUAUUUACAUCAUCAACAACACGGCUUACAGAAAGCACAGUAAAUACCAUGACUACUCAACAAACGACAGAAUCAUGCUGUACUGCCUAUUAUUGGCUGAUGGUUAUAUGUUGAAUGUCAAAGAGGAUUCCUACCAAAGCAACUUCAAUAAGAUCAAAGAAAGGUAUUUUGGUGAAAAUACCACACCUGAUCAUGAGAUACGUGAACCUCUACCUGAUGGAAUCAUAAAAACACAGGACGAUGUAAUAACGUUUGUCUCUGACAACAUCCGCCAUGACGUCAUGUACGCGUUCGUUACGGAGUGUCUGGUGGAGGACAGUGAUCUGAAGUUUUUCCUGACCACGGCGUCACGUGACGUGAUAUCAGAAUACUGCCGGUUGUGGGAUUAUAAGAGGAGUGAGGGAGAGAGAUGUCUGUAUAUACCGAAGAAACCGGAUGAGAUGUACGAGCUGUUCAUAGACAGACUACAACUGGACAUCCUCACACACUGUACCGUGUCAGACUGGCGGAUUCAUUACAGUAUCAGUGAACGUUUGAAAAUACCUGAGGAAAUUCUCGAAUGGGACUAUGAUGCGCGAAGAAGAUACGCAGAAUGUGCCAAGAAAGGAACUCAAACAAUACACAGAGCUCGUGCAAUGAUAGUUGGAUGCGCAGGGGCUGGGAAAUCUACUCUGCUUAAACGUCUACAGAAACGAAGUCUGGAUGAAGUGAAACAGGUUCAGUCUACAGUUGGAUUAGAAGUACACGAAGACAUCUUUGAAAUUGCUCCGGAAUCUGAUUGUUUAAAAGACCUACCAGCUGACACGGGAAAAGAAGGGAAGCAACUCUUGAGUAUUUUAGACUUUGGUGGACAGUGUGCCUAUUAUGCGUGUCACCAGGUCUACCUCAGCAGAAGAGCCUUCUAUCUUCUUGUUCUCAACAUGUCUAAGAGAUUUGACGAGAAAGUUGACCCCUCACUCUGUGAACAGGAAGGGACCAUGUUUACUGACUGGACACACGGAGAAUACUUAUUGUUUUGGUUGAAGUCAGUACAUACCUACUGUGACAAUGACGCCCCAGUGAUCAUCGUUGGAACACAUCUAGAUCAAACCAAAGAACAGAAUCCCAACAAACUCUACAACAGCAUACAGGAUUACCUCAAACACGACCAAAAAAUGAGGUCACACUUAGCCAGAGAACGCUGCUUCGUUCUGGGUUUUAAGUCGGAUGGGUCAUCAUUCCAAGACACGCUUUCUGAACUAGAGAAGUGUAUGAUUUCAAUUGCUAAACAAGACAAAUGGAAAGAAAGCAUUCCUACAGAUUGGGCACUGUCUGAAGUCGUUCUCCGAAACCUCAGGCGACAGGGAGAGAGAAUGAUACCAGUAACAGAAUUUUUGAAGGAAUGUUUUGGUAACAUCAGAAAGAAAUACACACAAAUCAGAGAUAUCUUGAAAUUUUACCACGAUAUAGGUGUUAUACUACACUUUGACGAGGGUUCUCUUGCCGAAACUGUCAUCAUUAACAUCCAGUGGUUCGUUGAUUCCUUUAAGAACAUAAUAACCGAUCCAAACCAUGUCAGGGAUUUGGUCGAAGACAACCGCGAUUGGUUGGAGUUUAACGAAAACGGUCACAUAAAUGACAGUCUAUUGACCAAUAUUUGGAGGAGUUGGAACUUUGAAAUUGAUCCCCGUGACAAAUCAAACCUGUUACAGUACAUGGAACGUCUUGGUCUCAUUUUUAUUGGUGAUCAGACACAUUAUAUCCCUUGCAUGAACAAGAGGACAUUUGCUGUCGUACAAGAGGAAGGUUUGCAAUCGAUUGAAAGUAAAACAUCAGUAUUGGUCUUUCGAUUCCCUUUUCUGCCGUACUUCAUAUAUUUCCGUCUGAUUGUUGCUUGUUUGACAAAGACCAGAGGGGAAUGGAGAUUUCCAAAAGACGAGCACCUUCCUUUAUACAAAAAUCUGGCGUAUUUUGUCUAUAAGGAGCACACUGUUGCCCUUGCUGUGAAUAGAUGUUCCAUUCAACUUCAAGUUUUUCAACGCAACAAAAAUCCAAUCUCAAAAAAUGUCGCAUUGGAAAUCCGUGACGAUAUUAAGAGAUUGCUCAAUGAUCUAACCAGAAACUUUCACAAGGAAAUCAUGUACACUGUUGGAUAUCAAUGUUCAAAACAGGAAGUGUACCGUGAACAUGAUGACUGUUUUGUUGAAGAGAAAGAAAUUCACGGGAAAGGCGAGCAAACGUGCCCAAUACACGAAAUAGAAAAGCAUCAUACCGUAAUAGGAUCAAACCUCCUAUAUUAUUGGAAUAAGGAUGUUCAGAACAAACCAGCAAGCUUAUCCAUUGACGAGACAAACAUCACGGUUUUAUCUGAGAAAGAUCUGUCGAAGUUCAACAAGGUGAUUGGAAAUGAUAUGGAAUUGAUUGCCACCUGCUUGGGAUUAUCACAAGUGGAGAUAGAUAGAUUGAAGAGGGAAAAUCCUACUUCCAUGAGUACUGUGGUGCACAACAUCCUUCUCACAUGGAAACGCAAACGUGGUCCUGCAGCAACAUUAGAGAACUUGGAGAAAUCCCUACAGGACGCAGAAAGAGAUACUGGUGCAGGCGUGAACUGGGAUGUGUUUAAUCGAGCAAAGAAGGCUAUUCUGGAAAAAAAAGAAGAAAUGAACUGAUGCAGUAGAUACUACACUGUGAAGGCGGAAGUACGUAUGUAAAUAUGUUGUAGGUUGGUUAAUUCAAUAAUCAAUCUAAUUGAAUGACUGCAGUCUAGCAUUAUAGUGUAUAUAGUUUGAUCUUUUAUUUGUUUUUGCAAUAGAUUAUUAUAUGUAAAAAAAAAAAAAAAAAAAAAAAAAAAAAAAAAAAAAAGAGCAGUCAACAAGAAUGAUUGUGUAUAAUGGACGUUUUUACCAGCGAAUACAUCUGUAACUAAAUUAUUCGCAUUAUUAAUUGAUUGAAUAUUGUUUAACAUCCCUUUCGAAAAUAGUUCACUCAUUUAGAGACGUCGGCAAUGUCGGUGAAAUGUUAUACAAUUUAGGUCCAUGCUCGGCACUUACGGCCUUUGAGCAGGGAGUAAUCUUUUUUAGUGCCACAUCUGCUGUGACAGUGCCUCGGUUUUUGCGAUUUCGCGAUCUCAUCCGAAGGACCUCCCCAUUUUGUCGCUUCUUACGGCAAGCAAUGGAGUAUUGAGGAUCUAUUCUAACCCGGAUCCCCACGGGAUACACUAAAGUUUAAAGGUUGGGCUUCAAAAUCCUUUCGAAAUAUAGGCGUUUUAUUUACGACGCAGUCACAUAUUCGCAAGAAAUCGUUGCUAACUUUUUUUCCCUGUUUAAAACAUAGCAAAACUCAUUAUUCAAACAGGUGCCCGUUGUAAAUGUUAGUGUUAGGUACACUGUAUCUAUUUUACUAUUGAAUCUUGUAGUGUGUAGCUAGCUGAUGUCAAUCUAUUAUAGACAACAAUGUCGGUAUGUUUUGUUGUGGUGUACAUUAUGAUGCAUUAUGUUGUACAUUUAGAUCUUGAUAUUCGUAUGUAGUCCACACUGAGAGUAGUGAAAUACAAUGACCGGAAGCCAGAGCACUAGCAUCAUCAUUUCAAUUUUUUUUUAUAUGAAUGUUUGCAUUGGCCUUUUCUAGGAAUCAUAUGAUGAUCAAUGUAAGAUAUGCUUGCAUGUACAUUUGUCAAAGUAAAUGAAAGUUAGCAGAAAUUGCGUGUAAAUGUUUUCACUAAAUUUUAGUACUUGUAAAUAUAUUGAAUUGUCGAUAUAUGUAAGGAAAGUGGCAAAUUAUGUCUGUAUAUACAUGUACAUGCAAUUACUGAAUUGUUGUGUCUUGUUUUUGAUUUGUUUUGUUUGUAUUGAUUUUGGACACAUUUCUAGUUUAAAACUGAUGGUAGAAUGGUAGAGCUACAUUUGCCUUCGAAGUUACUACCGAACAAAUGCCUUUGCCAAUGAUAAAAUGUUUGUUAUUCAUGUACAGUUUAGAUAUUUAAUCCUUGCCUCAUAAUUGUUUUCUUUUAGUAGUUCAUCAUCUGUAGAGAAAACCAUAACCUAUUAGCAGACACAAAGUAGCAAACAAAAACAACAACAAAACAAAAACCCAAAAAUGCUUUCAAAUGUAUAGCGUAGUUUUCUUUAAACUAAUUGUUCCGUUUUAGGGUAAAAAUGUAGUAAAAUUGAAUAGCGUUUGAUUGGUCUCCAUUGAAUGAAAAUCUUGUCAUGGAUUUCUGAGGAUGUUAUUCGGAUUUAAUGUAAACUGUCUAUAUUCGGUUUUACAAACUGUCUAUAUUUGGUGUAAACUGUGUUUAUUCGGUGUAAACAUCUAUAUUCGGUGUAAGAUGUCUAUAUUCUGUUCAAACUAUCUCUAUUCAGUGUAGACAGUCUGUAUUCGGUGUAAACUGUAUAUAUUCGCUGUAAACUGUCUAUAUACCGUGUAAAUAUUGGAUAUUCGGUAUACACUGUCUGUAUUUGGUGUAAAUCAUGUAGUCUCACUUUUAAAGGCGUAUAUCUAUAUAGCAACAUAAAAGAGAUGUUUUAAGAAUUCAAAAAAUCCAUACACGCCUAUAAAGGUCAUCAAAUGGACUCCAAUUCUACAAAGGAACAUUCAGUAAAUAUAUCCUAAUUAAAGUACUUCUCAAGAGUCACCAUGAUUCAAUUGGAAUAUAUUGCAAACCUAUUUUAAUGUAUUCAUUAUCAAUAGCCAUCAGCACUCAAUAGAUUGUAUAUCAAAUACGCGAGAAAACAACAUAUGGAGUAAAUACAAGUUGAACACAGUAUGUACUCUUGGCUCUGACGAAUCCAUUGUUUUAUUUGUGUAUAUUAUAUAACACUCUUUGACAGUCACUCUUCCUUAGGAAGCACAAGAUUAAAACAUGUAGAGAACAGGGUUCAACAUUCACUGUAUAUUUAGUACCUUCACUUAGUCCAGCUAAAAAACUAAAAAUAAACACGUGUUACAGUAAUUAAUUUAAUAUGCAAGUAGCCGUAUGUAGUGGAUAAAAAACUAAAAAUAAACACGAGUUACAGUAAUCAAUUUAAUAUGCAAGUAGCCGUAUGUAGUGCAGAAAAAAGCUUUUAAAAUGCAAAGAGUUGUCUACCGUUUAGAUUCAAGUUUGUCAAACCUAUUUUGUGCUUAGUCACGGUGAGUUAGUGAUGAGUAUUUACUGUUUUACGGGAGGAAUUGACAUUUCUAGCAUGAGCUGUGAAGCUGAUUAGCUUCUUUUAUCUUUAUCUACAAGUUUGAUUAUAUAACAUAGCACUGAAACGUUUGUAGAUGUCACUACUAACAUUACCAUUUCAUUUUUUAUCCAAAUAGUUUGUUUAUUAUACAUGUAUAUAUUGGUGGGUUUUUGUUUUACAAAAUCGUUCAUUUUGUUUAUGUAUUUAUGUAUAUUGCAAGAAAAAUUGAUUUGUUUUGAAAAUGUUGUUUCCCCUGUAUAUGCAUGUUGAGCUUUUUUUCCAGGUUUGAUAACUUACUUUGAAUGUACAUGGUAAAGUGAAUUCUACUCAUUUUAUGAAAAAGGCGUAAACAAUGAAAACUUGUAUCGUUAUAUAAUGAGUAGAAAAUACCUUUAUUCUUUAAGAUUUGAUUUUAUUAAAUGUAUUUGAUUAUUGCAACCCAAAAUCUCCAAAAAGAUAUCAAUGUAUGAUCUUAGAUAUGUAUCACCUUAUAUAUUAAUGCAGGGGUAGAUCCAGGAUUUUAUUGUAACAGGGGGCUGAGGGUUCUAGCAUUAAUUUCGGUUUUCAAAAGGGGGAGUUCCACCCUCAAAAUGUGUUCUUUUUGCCAUUUAACACAUUUUCUGACAAAAAGGGGAAGCCCGACCUCUGGAUCCCUUUGGAUCAGCCCCUGCAAUGCAUGAUCUUAAAUAUUAAUUUGUGAUCUUAGAUAUCAAUGUGUGAUCUUAGAUAUCAAUAUAUAAUCUUCUAUAUCAUUAUAUGAUCCUAGAUGUCAAUGUAUGAUCUUAUAUAUCAAUGUAUUACUUUAAAUACCAAUGUAGGGUAUUGGAUAUCAAUGCAUGAUUUUAGAUAGCAGUAUAUAAUCUUACAAUGUAAAUAUCUUACUUUAAAUAUUUGUGUAUGACGUUAGAUAUCAAUGUAUAAUCUUAGAUAUCAAUGCUUAACAUUAGGUAUAAUUGUAUGAUUUUAAAUAUCAAUGUACGAUCUUAGAUAUCAAUGUACGGAUUCAACAUAUUAACGUGGGUAUCAGUGCACCUUAGAAAUCAAUGUAUCAUUAUAUUAGAUUUCAAUGUACGACCUUGUAUCAAUAUCUGACCUUAGAUAUCAAUUUACGAACAAAGAUAUCAACAUACAACUUUAGGCAUCAAUGUAUGUCCCAUGACACUGUAGAUAGCAGAUUUAUGAUCUUCGAUAUAUAUAUAUAUAUAUAUAUAUAUAUAUAUAUAAUUACUUUUCGCAAUGAUCGGUAAAAGUAUAGGUAAUUUUUUUUUAAAAAAGGAUACACGAAGACCUUUAGUAAAGCUAUAUAUAUAUAUAUAUAUAUAUAUAUAUAUAUAUAUAUAUGGACUCUAUAUAUCAAUUGAUAUCAACAUUUUUAUAUUAUAUUUUCAUAUAUGCAUGCCUUAAGUAAUUCAUCCAAGAAGUUUUAUUGUUCUUUCAUAGUACAACAAUACAUUACAUGCAGGGUAAACUGGUCAAAUUUCAACCAAGUACUUGAGUUUAGUUGACUUUGAGGGUCCGAGUAUUUAUUUUGUUCCAUCAUCACAUGGCCCCCACUUAUGUUCAGAUCUGGGAAUAAUUAACCAUUUAGUUUUCGCAGUUUCCUACGGAAAAUGUCCGAAACAACACAAAUGUAUCUACGAAAUAUAUGGCAAGAUACAAGUCAAUUAAUUUCAACCACAAUAGCAUUUAAUUCAGGGAUUCAAACUCAAAAUCAACAUAUUAUUAAAAUUUCAUUAGUACUUUAGUAUAUCAAAAUGAAUAUCUUUUAAUGGAUUGGGGUCAUCCAGCAAUGUAUUAAAUAAUGAUACAAAUCAAUAAGGCGAGGGUUCUGGAUUUGAAAUUGAAAUUCAGACAUUGCUUUUAAUAAGACAUUGGGAUAUAAUAAUGUAAGAUUGUUUCAUACUGUAAAAAUGCAGAACUCAUUAUUUUCUGAAUGUAUCUAGAAAUCCAAGAAUAUGACAGUAGAGUUAGAUCUAGCUACAGUUUGGAAUUCAAGUGGUGAAAUUUAUUCCUUUAAAGGAAAAGAAGUAGAGUGAUUUCGACCAAAUUCAAUUUGAUAACUGAAAUUUUCUUGGGGAAAAACACACGGAAAAGUAGCAGUGAUAUCUAAUUCUUGAAGUACUUGUAUAACAACUGUAGAAACAUAAUCAACAGAAUGAAACCUAUACCUUUGAUGUUAAAAUUGCUUGAAUGUUUCAUGUACAAGAUGUGAAUAUAAAUGUGAUAUCCAAAGACAAGUGUAUAAUGUGAAAGUCACUAUUUGAUCAAUUGAAAGCUUGAAAAACUGGAGUACAUGUAUUAGACCAAUUCAACUUAACUAGUAGAUUAUCAUCUGGGGUCACUAAAAAUAUGGGGCGAGUAGGGGAAUUUUAUUUUUUUAUUUCCCCGAAAAAAAAAAUGACAAAAGGCAUCACACAGAGUGUUAAUCAAGUAACAUUCAAAGAAUCCUUGGUAGAAGAUAUAAAAUCAACAUUCUGUAACUUUAAUCAUUCACUCACGUCACUGGGAAGCAAGUUAAUUUGAAAUCAUGAUUUCGCGAAAAUAAAAAAAAUGGGGUGGGCUCUUUUUUGAGGGGCGAGCGGGGAUGAUAAUCUAUCAAUUAUGCCCAACAAUUCAAACAAUAGUUUCUUAGCCACCACAGCAUCGGUUGAAAAGGUACCACGUUUUGAGUAUAUUUUUUUUUCCUAUUUGAUUUCUUUAAGUAGAUAAGAUAACUCGAUAUAUAUUUUUAUGUAAAACUUUCAUCAGGUUUUAAUAAAGUUGUAAGCAUAUUUUUAAUCAGAUAAUUGAAUGCAUGCUCGCUUGCGUGGAAAUGUUUAAGAAUACAGGGAAAAUAAAAUAAAAAAAAAAACAAACAUUGCCCGUUCAUCAAAUUCUGGACCUGUGAAACUAUUGAUUAUUUGUUUCGGCCUUAGUCAGAACGGGAUCAGAUAUACAUUCCAGGAUGUGAUGCCUUUGUCACUAUUUUUAAUCAUCCAUGGUACAUAUCAUAUUAGGCUUUUUCAGCGAGGGUCGAAAUUGACCUACUUGUCGAAAUUUGACUAGUUUACCCUUACAAUAACACUGUAAAUCCUGUUACAAGAAUAUUUAACAUUAAUUCAUCGAUUUAUAUGCACAAUGUAUGAUUGUUAAUUUUGGAGAUAUCGCGAAGAUACAGCAUGUGGCCAUGGUCGAUCAAUCAAUAUACAGGGCUCGAAAUUAUUUUAUUCAAAGGUCAGUUGGGCUAUCAUUUUUAUUUUUUACUGGUCCAUUGAUAAAUUUUACAGUCCCUUAGGACUAUUAAAUAAGAAAACAUUUUUCCUAAAUUUCAUAAUGAUGAAACAUUUUCAUGAUUAGGCCCAGUUUAUUGUUUAUUCAAGCUGCCAUUGUAACCAGCAAAAUCUCAAAAUUUGGUAUUUACAAUGAUUUAGAUGAAAAUACUUUGAAAUUCACUAUUUAUUUUACAAAAUUUCUCUGAAUGCCUUUAAAUACGAAAAAUCUAAAGACACCUGAAAAAUUAGUAUCUUUAUAGUAUUACAUGUAUAUUAAUUUAAUUUCAUUUCUGACAUAGCUAAAGCGACCAAACAAAACAUUGCCAAACUAGGCUAAAAAUAGAUGUAAUUACCAAACAAUCAAUCGAGUACAUUUUGGCUUUUUGCCCUGAAUAGUUGGAAAAGAUAUUAUUCUAUCUGAAGAAAAGUUUAAUCUUAAUCAGAGCCCCUCCUGUGACCUUUACGUCACCCUUUUGUGUGAAUGCAGAGGAAUUGUCGGAGGAUUGCUGACUGUAUAUAUAUACUUCACUUACAAACCUGCGUGGAUUUAUUUACAUUGCGUUACUUCAUAGUACAAUUUAACAAGAGUGAAAUCAAGAAAUUAUAUUUUGCAUGCGAUAAAACCUGCAUUCCAUCAUCUAAUAUUGACUAACACGAUCAAUGAGGAAUUUUGAUAAGUAUUUAAAUUCACUACCGUAGUCCCAAAGGCACAUACUCUUUACAAAGCACUAGCCAAAAUCUAUAAUUUACUGGUCCCAGACCAGUAAUUACUUCGAGCUCUGAAUAUGACAUCGAAACAAUGGGAAAUGUCAAAACUUUAUUACAAUACAAAAUGGCUCACAUGCUUGCUUUGAUAUUCAUGUUUUUGUUCUAAAAUUCAAGGAUUUACAAGUCACUAAUAAACGUAUAUAAUCAUAAAUUGUCUUAAUUAUUUCAAUGAUGUCUGUGGUCUGGUUGUCGAGGUCUUGGAGCGGAUUUUAUGAUGUCGUCCACACGUAGAAUCAUUUCUGCAGCCUCUGAUGCACUCAUUAAUACUUGGCGCUUCACUUGAAAGGAUUCAGUGAUUCCACGCUUCUCCAUGUCUCCUACUUCACCUUCAACCAUAUCUAA